AUUUGAUUAUGUGAUAUGUGAUAAUACAAUGUAUACAUAGCUCAAUGUACCCAACGAUGAACAUUUCCAGUCAACGUUGAAGUUCCAAAUGUUUAAGGCUAAAAUAUGGGGCUGCAUGGUUCAAGUUGCUAAAAUCUCAAGAUGACGAUGUUUCUUCGCUUAAUAUUAGAUACCUACCUAAAGGUACAUACCUACGUAUGUAUGUAAUUCUCUCUACUACCUACCUAGUAGUUAGUACUAUGUAGGUAUCGUCCUCUUGUCUGCUAUCAUAGAAUCAUCACAUCCACUUCAAUGUUCUUUUAAGAUGACAUCAAAUUAGGUGGGUUCUCAGAAGCACAUACUAUCGAUUUACUAUUCACCUUAUUCUCCAGCCACCUUCAUAAGCUGUAUAUGUAUUACAAAAGAUCCGUUGUUUUUGCCCGGUAUUGAUCAUGUCAGAAUCUUUUGGCCCAGCGUUCACAGAUCGGGAACAACCGCUUCUUAGCUUCGGUUUGCCUUUCGCCGAGUCAAUUCUAAAGCACGUGGGUGACUUCUUCCAUGCCUCGAGAAUUUAUGUUAUAUGUUCUGGGUCCCUUGCCAAAAACACAUCAUGUCUAGAAGAACUCAAGGCGAAGCUUGGAGAUAGAGUUGUUGGCGUUAGGAUUGGCAUGAAACCGCAUUCUCUCUGGUCCGAGAUCCUCGAAAUCGUGGCAGAUGCGAGGAAGUGCAGUGUGGACUUAAUCGUCACACUAGGCGGGGGGAGUCUUACAGAUGCGGCCAAGAUAGUUUCUUUUGCAUUGGCGAACGACGUCUCAACGCAUUCAGAGUUAGACACUCUCUGCCCAACAAGCCCACGGAAGCGUUAUGAAAUCAAGUCGUCGGAAGUACCCGUUGUUUGUAUCCCCACGUCACUCUCGGGCGGCGAAUACUCGGCCUUUGCAGGAGCAACAAACGACGAGACGGGACAGAAGUACUCUUUUUCAGGAGCUAUGCGGGGUCCCGCAUUGGUCAUCCUCGACCCGAAGCUUACUACGACGACCCCAGCUAGAGUCUGGCUGAGUACCGGCAUCAAGGCCGUCGAUCAUUGUAUCGAGACUCUUUGUUCCUUGCAGAGCGAUGAUGCAGCGGACCAAGAUGCCAGGCAUGGAUUAGCGAAUCUCAUACCGGGUUUGAUAAGCAGCAAGCAAAAUCCCCAAGAUCUCGAAGCGCGGUUAAAGUGCCAACUUGGCGCCAGAGAUGCUAUGAGCGCCUGUACCCGGGGUGUACCACUUGGGGCAAGCCACGGUAUUGGCCAUCAACUGGGCCCUGCUGGCGUAAGCCACGGCGAAACGAGCUGCAUCCUAAACCCUGCUGUAUGCAAGUACAAUUAUAAAAGGGGGGCUAAUGUUGCCCGGCAAGACGCUGUCAUAAAAGCUCUAUGGGAAGAUUCCAAGGCGCAAGAAAUCUUCAGCCAAAGACAACUGGAAAGGGACACAGCCGAUCUUGGGGAUCUAAUGGAUGCCAUUAUCCGUUCGCUGGAAUUACCGAGGACGUUGCAGGAGUUUGGUAUUGGGGAGGGUAAACUUGGAAACAUUGCCGAGCAUAGUUUACGGGAUCGGUGGGUUCAAAGCAACCCAGCUCCUUUAGAUAAAGAGGGCGUACUCGAGAUACUUAGAAUGGUGCUCGAGUGAGCUAUGUUCGAAAUCUGUAUUAUGCUGCAUGGGACGGGACGACCCCGAUAAAGCAAACCAAUAAAAGUUUCCAUGCUCCAU